UAAUGUAGAAACGUGAGGUUUCCAACGAGAUUUUCAAUUCCUCGGUUAUUACCCUACCUCCCUUGAGUUUAAGAAAACCCUGAAAAGCCUCACAGGGAUUAGAAAUUAUAUAUUUCCUCCCCUAGUUAGUUAAAGUUUGACCGUUAAAUUUCAUGGUCAAGGGUAGGUAAGUGAUAAUUUUUUUUUUCAAAUCUGAGGAGAAGUUAAUGAUUGAUGGUUUUUCAUACUUCAGGGGUCUUGUUUAAUUAAUUUCCUAAACUUUGAGGGUCGUAAGUGGAAUUACCCUUAUCAUAUGAGAUAGACUGAAAAUAUUACAUUUACUCAGUUUCUUUUUCGGUUUUUACUACCCUUUCUUGCAUCUGCAUGAACUAGAAUUCUUUACUUGAACUGUUUUUACAAUUUUCAAUCCAAUUUAGAGGUGUUAAAAGUGACUAUCAACUCAAAUAACUCGACGUCACUGAAAUAAAAAAUGAAUAACUCACAAUCUAAGUCGAAAUUUUUUUCCCCCUUUUGCGUUUUCACAAAGCUGCAAUUUCCCCUUUUGAUUUUUUGCAGUCAAAACCCUAACAUGGAGAUUAAAAUAUUUUAAUAAUCUUUACUAGGGUUUACGUUUGGAGAGUUAUAUAUAAGAUCUUUUUCUCAUAUAACAUCAAUUCGUGGGCGAUAAGAUCUUUCGAUAUCAAAGAGCACGCCAAUUUUAUCUUUGAAUCAUUGGAAGGGGAGGAACGUGAUUGCUGGGAAGUGUUUAUAAGGUUUUAUAUCUUUACCGAAUCUUGUGGAUUAUUAAUAUAUAGUACUCAUGGAUAAUAUCUUUUCUUUUCCCGGGUUUUGUUGUUCAAUUGCACCCUUUUGUUGCCAAAUUGUUUGAUUUCUUAAAUUUGGAAUUGUUUUGAUUAUGUAAUGUAACUGUUACAUAACACAGGCUCUUUAUAAUGGUUUUAUUAACGAGCUUUUCUCCUUUGACAUAUCAAAGUUUCGAAAUGUCUUUGCUAUAAACUAGCUUUCUACCUUUAAGGGUUACAACAGAAAAGCAUAACUGUGCAUGGCUAAAUUGAAAGCAAAUAUUGCUUAGUAAUUGACUUGGACAUCAUCUAAUGCAUUUUUCUUUGGUUUCGGUGAUGGUGGGAAUGAAGACAGUGAGGCCUUCUGUAAUGGGAAAGAAGAUCACAGUCCUAAUACUAUGGAUUAUUGCUCAAUAUAUAACAGAUGUUGUCGGACAAACAACUCAUUACCUCCCAUGGUCUCUGGAAACCAACUUUCUUGAAUGGGACAAGAACAACACUAUAUACGUUAAUGACAGAAUAGUGUUUAAUUACGAGCCGAGCUAUACCCUUACAGAGGUGAAUUUCCGUGGAUACAUAAAUUGCAAUACUACAAACCCAAUUAGCAAUUAUGAGGAUGGUCUAACCCAGAUGGAGAUGACUCAAACUGGUACACGAUACUUCAUCAGCAGUGCAACUGGGAGCUGCGAUUUCAAGCACUUCUUCGUUGUGAAAUCUCGCGAUUUGCUCACGACUAGUCUUGUAGCUCAUACGACUUUACAAGUUCCUCCUGCUCCAGCUCCGGCUUCAGUACCUUAUAUGAAUUCUGGUGGUGGUGGUGAUGGCAUGGCAAUUAUCAAUAUUGUUUGGAUUAUUAUUGGUGGCUUAAUGUUAGCACAUUGAAAUGAGGUAGAUUUGUUUUUGCGGCUUUAUUUAUUUUUGUAUUAAAAUUGUUUUAAAGAUUGGUUUAGGGUUUUGGAUGUAAACGCUUGAAUAGAUGAUUAAAAUGUGAAUUUUAAUU